GUUUGGUCCUGGAAGAAGUCGUGAGCGGAGGACAGAGGGCAACAGGGUAGGUAACCGGCACCCCUGAGCUCAGAUGACAGACACAAGGACUGCUCUGGUUCACUGAGAGCUGCGCCAUGUCAACAGCUUUAAUGGAUGUCCUGGAAGACAGUGUUAGGGCACCAUGGCCCCCAAACAUCCCUUGGGCCUAGGGAUCUGCCUUUUCUCUAGUGGGCGCGGGCCUGGUGCGGCAGGAAGUAAGAGGGGGUGCCAGGAGGCUAGGGAGGUGGCCAUGGGCGCGCGGGGCAAGACGUUGGUGCCACUGCUGGGUGUGGUGGCGGUGGUGGUGGCAGCCUCACUGUCAACCCAUUUGGAGGUGGAACCCGAGAGACCCGAAUUGCAGGAAGUGGACCUAUUGUCAGGGCCCUGUGGUCACAGGACCAUCCCUUCACGUGUAGUGGGUGGUGAUGAUGCCGAGCUUGGCCGCUGGCCGUGGCAAGGGAGCCUGCGAGUAUGGGGUAUCCACUUAUGUGGUGCGACCUUGCUCAACCGCCGCUGGGUGCUCACAGCUGCCCACUGCUUCCAAAAGAACAACGAUCCCUUUGAUUGGACCGUCCAGUUUGGUGAACUGACUUCCAGGCCGUCUCUGUGGAACCUGCAGGCCUACUCCAACCGUUACCAAAUAGAAGACAUCUUUCUGAGCCCCAAGUACACUGAGUCCUAUCCCCACGACAUAGCCUUGCUGAAGCUGUCGACUCCUGUCAGCUACAACAACUACAUCCAACCAGUCUGCCUCCUCAACUCCACAUUCAAGUUUGAGAACCGAUCUGACUGCUGGGUGACCGGCUGGGGGGACAUUGGAGAGGAUGAGAGUCUGCCAGCUCCCUACAAUCUUCAGGAAGUACAAGUAGCUAUCAUCAACAACAGCAUGUGCAACCACAUGUACCAACAGUCAGACUUCCGCGUGAACAUCUGGGGAGACAUGGUUUGCGCUGGGAAUCCUGCAGGUGGCAAGGACGCCUGCUUUGGUGACUCAGGAGGACCCCUGGUCUGCGACAAGGAUUCGGUGUGGUACCAGGUUGGAGUUGUGAGCUGGGGCAUAGGCUGUGGUCGGCCCAAUCGGCCUGGAGUCUAUACCAACAUUAGUCACCACUACAACUGGAUCCGGUCGACCAUGAUCCACAAUGGGAUGCUGAGGCCUGGCCCAGCCCCACUGCCGCUGGUUCUUAUUCUGCCGUGGGCUCUCUCUCUGCUGAGGCCUGCCUGAGGCCGCCUGGGAACAAGAAGGUCACCUGUGGGGUCAGGGUGCACUUCUUUUGUAUCUCGUUUGCUAAUAAA